GAUUGGUCAAUUGUUUUCACGGGCACGAAAUUCGAAAGCACUUCCGAUAUCAACAAGGAGAGAAGGACGACAAAGUUCAAUAAGAAUUGAAAAUGCCUCCCUUACCCAAAGUCAAAGAUAAGCAGGAGAAUCAACACAUUCAAGUUGCUGUGAGACUAAGACCAAUUAACAGCUCAGAGAGGAAGCAAGGGUCAUACUCUGUAGCAGAUGCUAGUAGUGAAAAAAGGGAAGUGACCGUGAAGGAAAGACUUGGAAUUAAUCCAACAACAAAGACAUUUUCCUUCGACCAUGUUUUCACACAGGAUUCCAAACAGCAGCAAGUCUAUAAGACAGUGGUCAGUCCUAUCAUCGCAGAGGUCCUUAGUGGAUAUAACUGCACUAUAUUUGCAUAUGGACAGACAGGUACUGGUAAAACAUUUACAAUGGAAGGUGAGAGGUCAGAGAACUCUGAGCUGACAUGGGAGCAGGACCCUCUCACAGGAAUUAUACCUAGAGCUUUAGCUAAUAUAUUUGAUACUCUCCAGUCACAGGAAUGUGAGUUCUCCGUGCGGGUCUCCUUUCUCGAGUUAUAUAAUGAAGAGUUGUUUGAUCUGCUAGGCUCCUCAGUGGAUCCAUUACGUCUCAAGAUAUAUGAGGACACCAGCAGAAAG